UUCGACUGCCGUGAGGGGAUCAGCGGGUAUAACAACCGGCUUAUUGCUGGGGUGGGCGAGGUUCCUUGGAAUGGAUUAUAUAUCAAAUCCUGGAGCUGUUACCCUUGCAGCUGGAAUAGCUUGUGGUGUUUUUCUAGGCUGGACUCUGAGAGGCCGAUUUGGUUGCUCCCGAACCAUCAGGACUGUGGCUGCAAAUGAUGCAGGAAGUGAAGCAAGUGUUAUGGGAGAACGAGGCGAAUUUAAAAUGAUACUGGUUGUCCGUAGUGAUUUGAAAAUGGGGAAAGGUAAAGUAGCUGCACAAUGUUCACAUGCUGCAGUGUCUGCUUACAAACAACUACUUAAGAGAAAUCCUGAUCUACUCAAGCAGUGGGAAUAUUGCGGACAGCCUAAGGUGGUGGUUAGAGCACCAGAUGAAGAAGGUUUGAUUGAACUCCUCACUCAAGCUAAAGAGUUGGGAUUGACUAUUAGCUUAAUCCAGGAUGCCGGCCGUACUCAAAUUGCUCCAGGGUCCCGAACUGUUCUUGGCGUGGGACCGGGACCUGCUGAUUUAGUUGAUAAAGUGACUGGUCAUUUAAAACUUUACUAAUGUUAAUGCCAAAUGUGUUUCUAGCGAAACAAACAUAUGUAUCAUAGUUUACAACAUAAUCUUUUUUUUGGGAUGGCUAACAAGAACAGUUUAAAACAGAGUGUGAAAUGGUAUUAAUGUUUACAUCUUUAAAUUACAUCAGCAACUAUAUUCCAUUCCUACAUGCAUUUUAGGUGGGAUGAUUACAAAUCAAUGAUAUUUUUUAUUUUAUUUUUUUUAAUCUGAAUUUAUUAAUUAAAUGCUUUGAGGAAAAUAAACAUCUAAAGAUAGAUUUCAGUUUAAAAUACAUUAUAGUCCAAAGAUUAUUCAUCAUGAAACAGGGAUUCGUUUUUAAUUAUGAAGCACAAGUCUGUAUAUUCAUAUGGUGUUUUUCUUUUUCGGUAAAUGAAUUCCAUUGCAACAAACGCUUAGAGAAACGCCGUAGUUUGCCCUUCGGUACAUCCCCACUCAGGUCUCAAAUAUUUUACUCACUUGUUCAAUUACAAUAUGUGUGAACAUGUACAAUUUGCAUGUCAAACUGAUCCCUAUCAUCAGAGCAGACCAGAACCGAAAUGCCAACAAGUUAUCUCUGCAAGAGAGAUACAGCAACCCUGGAUGAUCUUUUCUGCGUUUUUUGUGCUUAAUCAGUGAGGUGUAUCUGAUACUCUUCUUGCCACAGUGAGCUAUAUGUCACUGAUGAGGCCUGACAAGGCCAAAACAAUUAUCUGUGCAGAGAGCCGGCCUGCAGUUUGCCUCUGGACCACUGUUUUGGUUGGAUUAGUCUGAUCUGCAAAUGGCCUAGGUUCCAUUUGUAAUGGCUAGGGAUGCACCGAAAUUAAAAUUCUGGAU